AUGCAACAGUUGCUCAAGUUGGUUGAAGAAUCGGGUUAUGUUUACUGGAGUAGGAAAAAGGAUGAGUCAGAAGUUGUGAGAGAUAUUUUUUGGGCUCAUCCAGAAUCAGUGAAGUUGCUGAAUAUGUUUCCUAUUGUAUUGAUUAUGGACUGCACAUACAAGACAAACAAGUACAGACAACCGUUGUUUGAAAUAGUUGGUAUGACAUCAACUAAAUUAACAUUUGAUGUUGCAUUUGCCUAUAUGGAAUCUGAGCAGACAGAGACUUUUUGUUGGGUAUUGGAUAAGUUGAAACAGUUGUUUAUCAAGCAGGAUGAUUGUCCUCAGGUAAUCUUGACUGAUAGAGAUCUUGCUUUAAUGAAAGCCAUUGAAACAAUAUUUCCAAAGACAACUAAUUUGCUUUGCCGAUUUCACAUCAACAAAAACGUGAAAUCAAAGUGUAAGGAACAUGUUGUGGAUGAUAUGCGAGAAAAUGUGGAGAAAAUGUGGUUUGAACUUACAAGGGCUAGUGAUGAGAUGGAGUACCAUCAAAGGUUGAAACAACUUGAGGAUGCAUGUGUUGACUCCAAAGGUUUUAUUGAUUAUGUGAAUGAAACAUGGUUGACACCUCACAGACAUCGAUUUGUCGAAGCAUGGAUCAAUCAAGUGUUACAUUUGGGCAACACCACAACAAAUAGGGUGGAGUCUGCGCAUUGGAAACUUAAGCAAAUGUUAGAGAAUAGCUUAGUAUCAAGAGCUGCAUUGAGGCAGAUUGCUGAAGAGUGGUUGAGGAUUGACAUGGUGGGUACCGAUACGCAAAAGUGCGGAUGUACUCAUAGAAAAGUAUAUGGGUUACCAUGUGCUUGUGAGUUAGGGAGAUAUACAUUGAGUGGUGAUGCGAUACCAAUUGAGGUUAUUCAUAUUCAUUGGAGGAAACUAAGUAUGGAAGGAAAUCAAGAUAUAGAUGCAAAUGAUGGAUCAGAAAUAGACAUGACAAAUGCAAUCGAUGAAAUUUGGAAAAGGUGGAAGUCACUAGAUGUUGUAGGAAAAAAAGCAUUAAAAAGCAGAGUGUGUGAGAUUGCUUAUCCGACUACAACAAAGAUGUGUCCACCGCCUGAAAAAAUUAAAACCAAAGGAGGGGUUAAGAAGAAAGGGAAGAGACCUGUGGGAUAUGAUGUUUAUCGUGAUCCUUCAGGAUAUGAGUAUGUUGAUCAAGCACAUUUGAGUUCUCAAAAAUCUUCAAAGAGACCAUUUAUUGAUGACAUUGUUGAUGUAAGAGAUGAUGGAAAUUGUGGGUUUAGAGCCAUUGCAUCUUUGCAUGGUUAUGGCACAGAUGGAUGGUCAAUGGUUCGUCGGGAUUUGGAGAAAGAAAUUAUAGGUCCUAGAAGUAAGUUGUAUGAGGAUGUAUUUGGUAAACGCCUUCCAACAGUGAGAUCAUCGUUGGUGAUAGAAACUUUAGGACAACAACCACCAAAUAAAUGGAUGACGUUACCUGAGUUGGGAUAUGUAAACAUGAAUGAAGGAUUCCCGUUGCCACCUGUCACAACUGAUUGGACGAAAUAUCGCACAAAAGAUGCAACUUCUUGGAUUGUAGGAUUUGCCGGGCGGUUACAACAUUGGCAACGGCUAAUGCCUAUACUACCAAAAUAUGUCAGCUUAGAUUGA